GUUCCCACCAGUUUAAAAGGCUAAAGCGGUUUCCAUGGCUAAUCACAGUCACAGCUUCUUCCUAAACUGCCCGCGGGAAAAAUUUAUAGCAGCCGUUCGCGUUCCGUCCGGCAAUGUUGCCGGAUUUACAAACUCUGCCGCCGUCGCCGCCGCCGCCUGACGUCUGACUACAAUUCGACUCGCCAUGGCACAGAGCCUUAAGCUUCGGAUUCUCUCGAGCCUCACCAAGCUCUCCGACAGAGAUACCUACUCCCUCGCUGCGUCCGAGCUCGAAUCUAUUGCCCGGAGCCUCGACGCGAAUUCCUUGUCGAUUUUUCUUUCCUGUAUAUAUUCUACUGAUGCCUCGGAUAAAUCGCUGGUGCGGAAGCAAUGCGUUCACCUCUUCGCUGUUCUUUCAGAGGCUCAUGGAAAUUAUCUCUCUCCUUACCUCUCGAAGAUUCUCUUCAACAUCACUCGCCGGUUCCGCGAUCCUGAUUCGUCGGUCCGAUCCGCCUGCGUUAACUCUGUAGCGGCAUUAGCUGCCAACGUUACCAAACCGCCGUUUUCGACGUUUUUGAAGCCUUUAACCGAUUCGCUUUUCACGGAGCAGGAGUCUAAUUCGCAGAUCGGAGCGGCUUUGUGUUUGGCUUCGGCAAUCGAUGCUGCACCGGAUCCGGAUCCGGUUAAGCUCGGCAAGCUCUUGCCGAAGUUCGAGAAGCUUUUGAAAUGCGAGAGUUUCAAGGCAAAGCCGGCUCUCUUGACACUGAUCAGAAGUGUUAUCGGAUUGGACGGAGCUUUCGGUAAUGGAGCUCUGAAAAAUUUGGUCCCCUGCUUGGUAGCAUUCCUUAGCAGCGAUGAUUGGGCAGCGAGAAAAUCAGCGGCGGAGGCGCUCGGUAAACUAGCCGUCGUGGAGAGGGAUGCUCUUGCGGAGUUCAAGGCCGGCUGCUUGAAAACAUUCGAGAGUCGGCGAUUCGAUAAGGUUAAGGCUGUAAGGGAGGUAAUGAGUCAGAUGUUGGAGGCAUGGAAGCAGAUUCCUGAUCUCUCGGACGAGGCGUCCGCACCAGCUUAUUCCCAAUCUUCCUCGAAAGAAAUCGCAAGUGAUGGACGUUAUCCACCUGGAUCCAAGAAUAAUUCUUCUUCUCGUCUUGAUGCUCCUAUCCCGAGGAAGAACGCUACCGCAAUUUGCAGGUCUACACCACCCGAUGCCUCACUUGCGACGACGGCAAGAAGGAGAAGCCCUUUGAGCGGUGGUGACAAGAAAACAAGUUUGUCGAUGUUCCAAAAGGUUGAGCGUAAGAAGCCUCUGGACUGGAAAGUAGAAGUCUCCGUUCGGAAGUCUCCCUACUUGACCAGAACCAUUGAAGGAGAACUGAAGGAAAGAGAUGAAAACAUUCCGGAUAGAAGGUUUAGUGAAAAACCCAAGAUCUCGAAACUGGAAACAAAACGGGCACUCUUCAAUAAGAUUUCUGACGAUAAGAUAAUUAAAUUCGGUGGGCUCAGGUCUGGAUCUCGCGUAGUUCCUUGUCCCGAGGAGGGUCCUGAAUCGACUGUUGUAGCAAGUAAUGCACACGAUGAUCUGCACAGGAACCACAAAGACUCUGAAGAAUUGCAUCUGAUCCGUAACCAGCUUAAUCAAAUAGAAAAGCAGCAAUCCAGUCUUCUAGAUAUCCUCCAGAACUUCAUUGGGAGUUCACAAAAUGGAAUGCGAUCCUUGGAGACGCGUGUUCAUGGCCUGGAACUAGCAUUGGAUGAGAUUUCAUAUGAUCUGGCUGUAUCAAGUGGAAGGAUGUCUUAUGCUAACACCCCCAGAACCACAUGUUGCCUGCUGCCUGGAGCUGAUUUUUUGAGCUCAAGGUUCUGGAAGAGAGCAGAAGGCAGACACCCAACAUCAAAGUUUCCUACUCCCACCAGCGCACCGCCGUUGGCUGCGAUGCGCAGCAGAGGUGAUCACCAUGGAACUAAUGAGGAUGCUGGAUCUAUGAAUUUGGAGAAUCAUAGGUUCCAGGUCCAGAGAAGGGGUGGCUUUAUGGUGAAUCCAUUGGCUGUGAGACAAGGAGAAUCCAGGGUUAUCUCAGAUGUGACAUUUCCUUGAACAAUUCGAUUAACAGGCACUAGUGAAAGAGCUUACAGCUAUGGAUUUUCACGUUCCUUCGCUAUGGUCCCCUUGGAACCCUAGUGAUUGAUGCGAAAGCAACUACCUUGAUUUACGUUGCUGAAGCAAUCCAUUCCAACAAGGAUUUAAAACAAUCUCUGGUAUGUUCAACGGCCAAGUGGUCUCAAAAUGUGAGUGAGGUGUCAAAUUAAAUUUCUCUUUCUUCUAUUGGUACUAUUUUUGAAAAUUUGAUUGAAAUUGGAAACGAAAGGAUUUCAUACCCAGAUGCCAAAUAUCCUAAUAUAGAGAGGGUGAUUACUGAUUUGUAUAGAGGAACCAGAAGCAGAAGACAAGGUCUUUUCUCUUCCCUUUACACUUACUCGAGUUGUUUCUUUUUAUUGGUUGAAACAUUACUUGAAGUGGAAAAGAGUACAAAUAUGUGGUUGAUUUGAUGAUACUGAAUCUGACAUUUUAUAUACUUUUUAGCCUAA